GCAGCAGGCCGGUCACCCGAGCGAGACAGCCGGUAGACACCGGAACGCGCUUCUGUCCGCAUUUGGCGUCUUUUACGUUUUGUGCGAGCUCGACGGUAAGCUAACAGUUUGGGUGCUAGCUUGUGUGCGGGCCAUUACCAUGGUGACGCUGCGCGGGAGAGGCGCACGCGACGCGCAUCAGAGCAGCGGACAGCAGCGGCAGAGGAGGCCGACAAGGAGCUCCGAGCCCCCGCCGCGGACUCCACCAGGGACCCGGAGCAGGAGCACAGUGACCCGGCCGGAGGAAUCUGGACUCUCCAGAGGAUUUAAUGCCAAAGAUGAAGAACAGAAUCACGUCCAUUCAGAGACGCCAGCGAGAGCCAUCAUCAGGAAAUCUCCAAGGCUUCAAAACUCUGCAUGUAAGAACAGUCACAUUAUCAGUGGCAGGAGGAGUGGGCUGAGGAGAAGCACCAGGCCGACCAAGCCCACCAGCAGAUAUCAGGCCUCCAACGUGUUCGACGGCGUCAGCGCCAACACGGCCAGGUCGGCCCUGAAGAAGAUGGACAACAUGAAGAAGAGGAGGCGGCUUCGUAGCAGCAAAGAAGAAAACAUGCACUCUAAAGCACUGAGGAGGAGAUCUACUGUGCCGCCACAGAGAGAGCUGAGUGACAGUGAGGCUGACAGCGGUGGAGUCAAUGGCGAGGACAGCAGCCAGGAAGUGACCGCAGAUGAUGACAGCAACCGCAGCGCGAACCAGAACGCUGUCGGCAAACUGAGCCGAGCUCCGUCGCUGUACCAGGGACGCAGCCGCGAGUUCCCGAGAGGAACCUUCAGGAUCAGUGCCUCAGGACCAAACACGACCCACAGAGGAACCUUCAGACCAGCUAAGAGUGCCUGGUCCAAUCAGUCUGAUGAAGACGACUCUGAUGAUGAUGAAGUGCAAAACAAUGUAAACAUUUUUGAAAGGUGUCGUCCGUUCGGCCUGCGUACAGACGAUCUUCUGGGGACUCGCAGAGACAAGAUGAACGCAGGAGCAGGUCUGGCAGACAUUGAUCCCAUGGCCAUCGAUCAGUCGGUGAGGUUUGAUAGCAUUGGAGGACUUUCGGGUCACAUCUCAGCUCUGAAGGAGAUGGUUGUCUUCCCACUUCUCUACCCCGAGGUCUUUGACAACUUCAAGAUCCAGCCUCCCAGAGGUUGUCUGUUUUAUGGACCCCCUGGGACGGGGAAAACGCUGGUUGCCCGAGCGCUGGCCAAUGAGUGUAGCCAUGGCAACAGGAAGGUCGCCUUCUUCAUGAGGAAGGGAGCUGACUGCCUCAGCAAGUGGGUGGGCGAGUCGGAGCGCCAGCUGAGGCUGCUGUUCGAGCAGGCAUAUCAGAGGCGUCCCGCCAUCAUCUUCUUUGAUGAGAUUGACGGUCUGGCUCCGGUCCGAUCCAGUAGGCAGGACCAGAUACACAGCUCUAUCGUGUCGACGCUCCUGGCUCUGAUGGACGGGCUCGACAGUCGAGGUGAGGUUGUGGUGAUCGGAGCGACAAACCGACUGGACUCCAUCGACCCGGCGCUGCGACGGCCCGGACGCUUCGACAGGGAGUUCCUCUUCGGGCUGCCUGACAGAGAGUCUCGUAAAGAGAUUUUGAAAAUCCACACCAGGCAGUGGAAACCUCCUCCGUCUGAAGACUUCCUGGAUGAACUGGCUGAGAAAUGUGUCGGUUACUGUGGUGCUGACAUCAGGGCGGUGUGCACUGAGGCGGCGCUGUGCGCUCUGCGCCGCCGCUACCCACAGAUUUACGGCACCUCCCAGAAGCUCCUGCUGGACGUCUCCUCCAUUGCAGUCAGCAGCUGCGACUUUGUGGCGGCCAUGAGGAAGAUGUCGCCGGCCUCCCACCGCCUCGCUGCCUCGCCUGCCAAACCCCUGUCACCUGUGGUUCACCCGCUGCUGGGCGCGGCCUUGCGCGACAUCUUGGGGGCUCUGCAGAGGCUGUUCCCCCAUGCUGAGCAGGGGAUGAAGAGGAAGAGGGAGCCAGACCUGACCUCUGGUGUCCUUGACGACGGCCUGAUGUGUGGAGGAGAUGAGGUCUCGAGCACAUCCAGCAUCUCUACACCCGCCAACUCCAAGAGCAGAAACUUCCUGCACUUUGCCAGGAGUGCAGUCAAACAUCCAACGUCCCACCGUCCCAGGAUGCUCCUGGCGGGUGGUCCUGGUGCUGGUCAGACCUCUCACCUGGCUCCUGCAGUCCUGCACGCUUUGGAGCGUUUCACCGUGCACAGCCUGGACUCUGCCGUGCUGUUCGGAGUCAGCGGCACCUCCCCGGAGGAAGCCUGCGCCCAGGUGUUCUGCGAGGCCAAGCGGACGUCUCCCAGCAUCCUCUACAUCCCCCACAUCCAGCAGUGGUGGGAGACUGCGGGGCCCUCGUUGAGGGCCUCCUUCUUCAGCCUGCUGGGAAGCAUCCCUUCCUUCUCCCCUAUCCUCCUCCUCGCCACCUGCAGCAUCCACCAUCAACAGCUGGAUUCAGAGAUUCUGGCUCUGUUUCGGGAGGAGUACGGAGAGGUUUACACCGUCAGUGUUCCCACCCGGCAGGAGAGAACCGACUUCUUCCAGGACCUCAUUCUGAACCAGGCAGCCGAGGCUCCACCCUCCAGUAAAAAAUCAUUGAGUCAGGCCAUGGAGAUUCUUCCCCUGGCUCCUCUGCCUCCGCCUUGCCAGCUGUCAGAGCAGGAGCGCCUCCAUCUGGAGGAGCAGGAGGAGGACGUGCUGCAGGAGCUCCACCUGUUCCUGCGUAAUGUCACCGAGCAUCUGGCUCUGGACCGCCGCUUCAAGGCCUUCACCAAACCAGUCGACAAAGCGGAGGUCCCGGACUACCUGAUGAUGGUCAGGAGGCCCAUGGACUUCUCCACGCUGCUGACCAACAUUGAUGAGCACAAGUACGUCACAGUCAGGGAGUUCAUGUCAGACGCAGACCUCAUCUGGCAGAACGCCCUCAAGUACAACCCGGGCGGUGACCCCACAGACCGUCACUUUCGUCACUGUGCGUUGGCUCUGAAGGACACCCUGCGCGCCAUCAGCGUCCAGCUUGACAAAGACUUUGAGAGAGACUCCGAUGAGAUCAGAGAGUCGCGCAUCAAGAGAGCUUCUUCCUGCAGGACUGGGGCCAACUCAGAGGAGGCCGACGGCGUCUGCAGCUCAGCAUUCACCAGAACCGGUCCCGGACCUCGACCUCGUAAGAAAAAACGUUACAAACGGCCGAGAAAAUCCAAAUGGAGCACCGGUGUCAUUAAGAAAACCAAGAAAAAGAGGCCGCCAUUCCCUCCUUCGUCUUCCUCGUCCUCCACGUCCAGCAGGGGCAACUCUGAAUCAGGUCCAGAGGAAAACGGCUCUGCUGAUCCAAGCUCAUCCAGCAUGUCAGAGAGCAGCGAUGGAGAGCAGAACCACCUAAAAGCCACCAUGAACGGGUGUCAUCACGGCUUUAAUGGUGUCGCAGAUAUCCAGAACGGAGUCCGUGUGAAUGGGUACCACCAUCCAGAGCCAGUUGAGAGCGUCCCCGCAGGGAGGCUGAAGGCCAGGGAUCGAACCUGGACCUCAAAGACUCCCCAGGACCUGAAGACGGUGGUGAACGGGGUUUGUUUGAGUAAAAUAGGAAAGAAUAACGGCGAUGAGACGAGAGCCGGGAAGGCGGCCUCGGAGCAGAUCCAGCUCUACAGCCGAGGCAGAUCUGUGGAGAUCCUCGACGAGGAAACGCCGCCGCUGGUCGUCCAUCGCAGCAAACUGAGGGAUCUCCUCAGCAGAGCAGUGGCUAAAACUGAUGGUGCUGAGGUGGAGUCGCUGGAGAAGCUCUACGCUCUGCUGGCUCAGUGCAUCUACAGACACAGAAACAGCUACAACAAGACGGAGCUCGUUCAGGAAAUGAAGAAAGAAAUCAACGGCUUCAUUUGACCUCCUGUACCAGGUCUAUUUGAAUAAAACCUCAGUGCAUGCAAACAGGAAGUUGUUUCCUCCUCAUUUUGUUUUUCAUUUUCAUUAGUUUACACUAUCAGUCCCUCCAUGUUUAUUCUGUUAGCUGUUAUUUACAAUGUGACCAGUUUACACAGCAGUAAUCCUUAUGACUGUGCAGUAUUAUUUAACUUUAAUUUGAUGUAAGCUUGAAUAAAAGUACUAUUGCGGCUUUAUUAUAAUGACUGUUUGUGUAUUUUAUGUUCUCCAACUGAAGUACCUUCCUAUUUUCAGUCCAGGCUGCUGUUAACUGAUCUGGAAACUAACUCAGACAGAUGUUAUAAUUAAACUCAUACACAUUCACACCUGUGCUCGAGCAUGCC